CAAGUGGUUCUCGUUACGGUCGCGACUAGAGGGGGCUGUUUGCUGCGCGCUAACCGGUCACUAUAAAACGUCCAAACGGGGCCAUCCAGUGCAUUACUGCGUCCUCACGCCGCGACACCGGUGCACCAGUACCUCACUCGCUGCACAAGACAGGCAAGAUGACGUCCUGUUGCUGGGUCCGCGACCUGCAGGCCGUAUCGCUGAUCCUGCUGCUGGUGGCUGCAGCGGCUUCGGCAAUGGUCAUCAAGGAUGGGGACAGCGCCGAGGUCUCCACCGACGCCGAUGUCGACGCGACCAGCACCGAAACUUCUCCCGAGGCGUCCUCCGAGCCCCCGACACCCACCGGCAUCGAGCUGCUGAAGAAGAUCGGCUGGGCAUGUAGCCAAAUAAAGCCUGUCUCUAACGUUUCCCUGGAAACGGUCUUGGGCCGCUGGUAUGUGCUGGAGAUAAUGUCCCCAAAUGUGGAUAAGGAGAAGGAGAAGCGGCGGGACGCGUGUGCGGGUGUGGACUUCUGGCGCUGGGAUAUCGAGGAGAACAACCUGAUGCCUGAAGUGGUGCCACCACCUGCCGUGGGCCCCGAGCACCUGGUGAUGCGCGGCUUCAACCGCCACGUCAACGAGCACCACACGUCCAGCUACCGCGUCGACACGACCACCGUCGUUCAGGGCUCGGGCGGCGCCAUCUGGGAUCAGCCCGUACGUUCUGUGUCUGCGUGCACAGUCACAAUGGGUGCCUCAGUUGCCGUGGUGGACUUCACGCCCGACGCACGCUUCAUGACCGUCACCACGUGCGUACGGCCCACCGCCUCCGAGUGGACCUCAGUCUUAGGAAGGGAUCCCGCUGUAUCGCCAUUGCCCCGUGAGGAGCUCCACCAGCGGCUUGAGGCCGCCGGGCUCCGCUAUGUGGACAGCGCCAGGCUUCAGAACAACACCGAGUGUGUCUAUCCGUAGAGCUGCCAUUUGCUCCUACCCUCACCAAGAUGGCGGUGCCGUUGUAGGCACCCUGUGCCGCUUCCAGUCUAUCAAGUUCUACUGCACCCACCUAGAGCUGUGGGAUGAUCAUUCUUCCUGUGUAUUGUAAGGAAAGGCCGCUGGCUGUAACACACUGUAUCGUUAAACAAAUAUCUUCUUUGUACCCAUUUUUUGACAUCUAAUGGGUAACAUGUUGUAGCUGUAUGACAGUCUGAAAACUUUCUGCACUCUUGCUUUGUUAUAAAUUUCCAAUAAAGCAUAUUUUUGGAGUGAGAAAGAGGAAAAUCAUUUACAUGCUUAUUUACCUGUGGAUUGAAUAACACAGUUUACAGUAUAUGUUAUAUUAUUACAAACAAAUGCACACUAAUUCCCUUUUGAUUUUCUACAUGAAUCACAAAAGAAAAUGCUGAACAAAAAAGUAGCGUUAGAUGAUUUGAAAGUAUCACUGAAUGAUAUCAGCCGUAUACUUCACAAAGACAUUAAUAGACAACGGUCUUAGUCUUACAAACAAAUAAAUAUAUUAUAUGGGAAUGGUUGCUUUAGUAGAUGUAGUGUAGUGAAGAAAAUUUCUAGACUCUUCUUCGUUAUUAAUGUUAAAUAAAGCAUCUUUUGGGGCUAAGAAAGAACCAAACUGAACUGAAGUCACUUGUAUUUCUGUUUGCCAGUAUAUCAGGUCUCAGAGUUUGCAUUUAACUGAUAUUUCAUUGCACAUGAAUAUGCAAUAAUCUCCUUUACAUUUCCCUGAUGAAUCAUAAACUAAAAUGGAAAAAAACAAAAAUGUUGAAUAAUUCAAGCAACCCACCCAAGCCUUAUGGUGGUGCUGAGUAUCUGUGGCUGGACGACUUGUCUCAUAUAACAGAAGUAAAUUACAUGCAAAAACCUUGAUCAUGAAUCAGUCUACUUAUUAUAGAAAACAGUAUAAAGCCCCCGUAAUAUUUCCUGAGAAUUACCUUCAUGUGCAAACAGAAAAACGCGUCAGGGUACUUCAGUUAGUACUAUAUACUGAAGGUGCCAGCAGCAACAUUUGCUACGUUCAGCCUAUCAAACACUACAGCAACACUCUUGUGCCUUGAGAUGAUUGAUGUCCCUUGUGCACCAUAAGAAAAGGCCGCUGGUUGGAAUUCCCUGCAAUGUUACAUAACUAACUUCUUUGCCGUCAUUGACAUCUAACACUUGGCAAAAGUCCCAAAAUACCGCUGCUAAUCUGGUUACGUCAAAAGGGAUUUCCAUACUCUUCCUCCUCUUAUUGUGCAGCAGUGCCUCUACAGUACGAAAAGUUUCAACACUCCUGCUUUGUUUGUGAAUUUAAAUAUAGCUUAGUUUGGGAAUGAAGAAGAGCUACGUGAAUCAAAAUAAUUUUCAUGUUUAUAUGGUGCCAGUUAAAAGAAAAGAGCUUACAUUCAAGUGAUGCAUCACUACAAACAAAUACACAUUAACUCUCUUUCCAUUUUCUUCUUGAAUCAUAAAAUAAAAAAGUAACUAAAAUAGAAAUGUUAGAUUGUAGACAUGUACCUUUGAAUGACACCAGCAUUACAUCUUCCAAAACACUUAAGAGACACUAGUAUUAGCUUUACUAACAAAUGAACAAGUUUAAAUCUGGGAAUGAUUCCUGUGUCACAGGAUGAAAUAUUUCUACACUCUGAUUCGUAAUUAAUUUCGAAUUAAAUAUUUUUUAGGAGUUAGAAAAAAGAUAAUGUGAAUAGUUACUAGCCAGAUCAGAGUUUAUGUUCAACUGACGCUUCAUGACAUAUAAAAACACACUAAUUUGCUUUACAUUUUCUUUGUGAACCAUAAAAUAAUAUGGCAAAUUGUAAUAAUAAUGUUGAAAGAUUAACUAAUACUAUUCACUGAAUCUAAUGGCAGGGAGUUAAUUAAGACUGGUGUUAGUUUUAGAAAAAAAUAUGUCUGAAAAUUGUUGAAAUUUUAUAAGAAAUAUUUUAAUCUGAUGCUGGGUAUAAAUGUUACCAAAUAAUCAACUAAUUAAAUGCAUGUAGUAAAUGGACAACUAUUUCAAUGAAUAAUUAAAUAGACUGAAAUAUUA